UACAAUAUUCGGUCGACAACACAACUGCCAACAAACACUUCAGUGCCUUUUAGUAGUAUUGUUAAGUGACUAUUUGUUUACUGCAUUUAUUGCACUAUGUCGUCUGGUGGUUGGGAAUUAGUUGGAAGGAACAAAAAAGAUAAAAGCAAUGGAAAAAAUAAUAAACUUACAAAGGCUGAAAAAAAGAAAUUUAUCGAGAAUGCUCCAAAAGUGGAAGACUUUCUACCUUUGAGUCAAGUGAAAACUUUAUACGACACUUUGGAUAAUAAUAAAGAGAACAAGAAACCGUCAAAAGAAAAAGAGAAUAAAACAAAAGAAAAUGAAGAGAAAAAAAAGCAACAGAAACAUGUUGAGAAGAAGAAGCAAGAACCAAAAGAGAAGCCUCCAAAAUCUAUAAAAGAUGCAUUGAAUAUGAUCAAUGUAGACGAGCUCUCUAAUGUUUUAACCAAUGGUCAAACUAGAUUUCCAGAAGCUCCAUUAAUAUGGCUGAAAGAUCUUGCUGCAUUUCUUAAUCUUAAAAUACCUGUUGACAAGGAAGAUGCAGUUUUCUCAGGGAAACCUAAAGAUUAUCCGCUGAGCAUAGUACCUAAACCAAUUUACUCUAUUUUAGAUAAAGCCAUUGAAUUGGCAGGAAAACAGACAGCACAACUUUUCUAUGAAAAUACUUUGACUGCAAUGGCUACUGACAUGGUAAAAGGAUUGCCUGUUGUAGGUCACAAAAUAUUUCUACAACUUCUAGCACAUACUAAUCCUGGAAUGAUUGCUGCCAGUAUUAAUAAAUUAAUUACUGUAAGAAAUUCUUACCAAAAUAGGAAAACAAUCGGUUUGUCUUUAUUUUGGGCUUUAUCUCAAGCUGGUAGAAAGGAUUUGAAUGUAGGAUUAAAAAUAUGGCAUGAAGUAAUGUCACCCUUAUUAGAGACAAAGAGUUAUUCUAGUUAUGUGGCACAAAUUCUGAAUGAGCUUCUUUUUGAGUAUGAAAAUGUACUUAAUAUUAAACCAGAACUCUAUCUUGAUAUCGUUGAAGAUACAUGUUCUGGGAAGUUUAACAUUCCAGCCACCAUAGACAAACAAAUAAAUAGUAGCAUUGGAAAAUUGAGAUUAAUAAUGUUUAAGAAUAAUAACACAAGUUGGACAAAAUUAUUUGAGGUGUUAAUGGGAAAAAUUACACCAAAAAUACAUGCAAAUUAUAGAGAAGAAUUGAUUCAAGCUCUUGCAACUUGUUUGAUUACUGAUCCUCUUUGUUUUUCUGUUUGGAGAUCGCUUUAUACAAAAAAUUUAUACCAAUCUCAACUUUUAUUGACAUACAUUGAUGCCAAAUGGAGUAAUUUAAGUACAUCUUUAAAAAUAAAAUGCAUGAAAGAGACAUGCAUACUAUUCCAGAAUACUGAUGAGAAAUGGAGAAAAGGAAAAGAAGAAAGUCUUGCUAAUGCUUGCAGUAAAAUUUGCAAGGUUUUACUUUUAAAAAUGACAGCAUCGUCCAAUAAGAAGUUUCCUUGGAGAAAAGGAAUUAUUUUGUUAUUACUUCUGACUGGUGCUUUUGUAGGUUACGAUGUUUAUCAACAUGGCAGUUACAAAGGAUCUAAUACAGACAAGCUGUUAAUCAGGAGUGGAUUCUAUGUAUAUGGACAAACUGCAUGGAUCACAGUGCAAGAUUAUUCUUCUAAAACGCUUGAAUUCAUCGAAGCUAGUUCACCAGAAUAUUACAAAGCAACUGUUGAAACAUGUAAACCUUAUAUUAAAUUAGCUGGAGAUGUUUAUCUUGUGGUAAAAAAUGUUUCUAUCAGAUUGUUUGACAAUGUGGUAGCAUAUGCUAAAAUUAAAGGCCCUGUAGUACGUCAAACGAUCGAACAUUAUGUUCCGGGAAUGUUAGAUGAAAUUCAUUUACGAAGUAAUCAGGGAUUAGAACUGGUGAAAAAUUACUCUAACAUAUGCGCAGAGAAAUUCAUUGAACAUUCAAGUACAACACUUAAGUGGUUAGAGCAUAAUGUAUUUGUUGGAACAUUAAGCCCAGAGAAUUUACAAAGUUAUGCUUCAAAAGCUAUCGAUACCACACAAACAUUAGCAAGUCAAACUUAUGAUUGGGUAUAUGAAAAAGUGCAAACAUUAUCUAAAGUUCCAUGAAUGAAAUUCACUGGAUGUUAUAACCGAUUAUUUCGGUGAUCGCCCCUCCCCACGCCCCCAAGUGUCAGCAUUUAAUUUUAUCAUUCCAAUUACCAUUGAAAUGUAUAUUUCCACAUAUAUUGCGACGGCCAUUUCACCUGUGAUAUUUGAAGAAUGUACCAUAUAAUUCCAAUGAAUUCAGACAUUUUUAAAUGCUGAAAAUUUGAUCAAAGUGUUAGUCCUUUUUCUUAAGUUAAUUCUAUGUCAAACAAAAUGAUUAUAUUAAAGUAAUAUAUAGACUACUUGAUUUAGGAUUAAAUUUGAACCUAGUGUUUGCUGCA